AUGGGUCCAGAAGCAAAAGGCAACAGGACACAUUUCCAACAGCUAAGCGGCAGCCACCCAUGGAGAGUGUGGGAGACAGUACCAGACAGCACAAAGCUAACUCCAGAGAAGCGCUUUUCUGAAGAGGAGUCAUUUCCAGGAGUGUUACUGGAGAGCUUUCCAGAGGAAAGGCCCAGGGACUGUGAAGACUCCGUAGGACAUCAGCAGAGAAACUGUGAGGAACACCCAACACAAGAGCUGGUCCCUCAGAAGAGACUUUCUGUGGAGAGAAGCCACCAAUGUGAUGACUUUAGAAGGAACUUUAGCCAGCGGUCAUUACCUGUUCAACACCAAGGAGAGAAACUUCAUGAUUAUGGUUCACUUAAGAAUUUUAAAAAUUCAGAUAUGAUUAAACAGGAGAAAACUUGUACAGGAAAGAAACCUUGGAAAUGUAAUGAGUGUGAGAAAGCCUUCAGCUACUAUUCUGCUUUUGUCUUGCAUCAGAGAAUUCACACAGGAGAAAAGCCCUAUGAAUGCAAUGAGUGUGGUAAAGCAUUUAGCCAGAGCAUACAUCUUACUCUACACCAGAGAAUCCAUACUGGCGAGAAGCCGUAUGAGUGUCAGGAGUGUGGAAAGGCCUUCAGUCAUCGCUCAGCCCUUAUUCGGCACCACAUAAUUCAUACUGGAGAGAAACCCUAUGAAUGCAGCGAGUGUGGGAAGGCCUUCAAUCAGAGCUCAUACCUCACCCAACAUCAGCGGAUUCACACUGGAGAGAAACCGUAUGAGUGUAAUGAUUGUGGGAAAGCCUUCAGCCAAAGCACAUUCCUCACCCAGCAUCAGGUCAUUCACACUGGAGAGAAACCUUACAAGUGUAACGAAUGUGGCAGAGCUUUUAGUGACCGCUCGGGCCUUAUUCAGCACCAGAGAACUCACACUGGAGAGAGGCCUUACGAGUGCAGUGAGUGUGGGAAAGCCUUUGGCUACUGUUCGGCCCUGACUCAGCACCAAAGAACUCACACUGGGGAGAAGCCCUAUAAAUGCAGUGACUGUGCCAAGGCCUUCAGUGACCGCUCAGCCCUUAUCCGUCACCAGAGAACGCACACUGGAGAGAAGCCUUACAAGUGUAAGGACUGCGAAAAAGCUUUCAGCCAGAGCUCAUCUCUUACGAAACACCAGAAAACUCAUACCGGAGAAAAACCCUAUAAAUGUAAAAAAUGUGGAAAAGCUUUCAGCCAGAGCUCAUCUCUUUCUCAACAUCAGAAAAUCCAUGCUGGAGGGAAAAACAAGGCAUACGGACAGGCCUUCAGUGAGCAUUCAGUCUGCGGCCAACAAAAGAGACUCCAUACUGGAUAAGUGUCUUACAUUCCAUAUGUAUUUUUUUGAGCAUUUACCAUAUAUUACGAGGGCUACAAAGACAUUUAAGACUAUUAUCUUAGAAGUUCCUG